AUGACAUCGUCGACGGCGGCACUUCACAACUUCCGCGGCUGCGCAGUGCGCGAGUUCUCCUUCGUGGCCCUGAAGCCGGGCUGCAGGGGGCUGCGCGUCACCACCGAGGCCUGUUGGGGUCGCUGUCACACCUGGGAGAGGCCGGUGCCGGAGCCUCCCUACAUCCACCGGCAACACAGAGUGUGCACUUACGCUCUGACACGUUACGUCACUGCACGGUUGCCAGGCUGCCAAGCAGGUGUCUCGCCUCUCUAUCACUACCCAGUGGCCAUACACUGUCACUGCGCCGUGUGCACCACCCUGGAUACCGAGUGUGAGACUUUCUGA